GAUAUCUCAGGAGCAGAGCCCCUCCACCGCUUUUAUGUUUUGUUUGUUAUAUAAAAAGAGUGUUCUAUCUGAGCUAUACCAGUCAGGUACAGGCGUUUGUAUUCAGAGCAAAAUGUUCUCCAAAAUCGUAGCCCUAUGCGGUUUGGUGGCGGCGUGCCAGGCGGGUCUCCUGCAUCACGCCCCAGCGGUGUCCCACCAGAACAUCGUGCACCACGAGCAACACCACGAGACCCCGGUGCACUACGUCCACGCCGCGCCGGCGUACCACGCCGCUCCCGCCAUCCACGCCCCGAUCCAUGCCAUCCAUGAAGCCCCCGCUGUUCAUGCUGCUCCCAUCCAUGCCAUCCACGCCGCCCCUGCUCACCACGAGGAGGAUCAUUAUGUUGAUGAAUACGCUCAUCCUAAAUACGGAUACUCGUACUCCGUUGAGGACCCCCACACCGGCGACCACAAGUCCCAGCACGAGACCCGCGACGGCGACGUCGUGAAGGGCGAGUACUCUCUCCUGCAGCCCGAUGGCUCCUUCCGCAAGGUCACCUACACCGCCGACCACCACAACGGAUUCAACGCUGUGGUGCACAACACCCCGCCGGUCAUCCAUCACCAUUAAGAAGGCCCGUUGAUCUAAUCUGUGAUAUUAGAGUUAAUGUGUUCUAGUUUUGUCGCUAAGUGCCUAAGUCUUCCAUAUGUUCUCAUUUCCAUUAGUGCGUAUCAUAUUUUGUUAUGAAAUUUCGUAUUAUGUUACCUUGUAGCAAGUGGAUUACAAAGAGUAACCGCAUAUCUAAUGUUGACACGCCCUUAUUACUCUCAGUUUUAUACUCCGUAGUACUAAAUAUUUAGGACACUGUUUAAGGUUAUAACUUUGUAAUACCUAUCUAUUUAGUUUUUCUAUGCUUCUGUAAAUAGAUACUUGUUGUAUGUUAGUCAAAUAUAGCAAAUAAAAAUCAUGUUUAUAAAACGAAA